AUGGCUCUCUCCUGUUGCUUGCUGGCCGGCACCCGGGCGGCAGCCUCCCCUUCCUUCCCAUCCUCCGCUGCCAUCCGCCGGCGGGAGCACCGCCCCCUGACCGUUUCCGUGGUCCCGCUCUCGCCCUCUCAGCAAUGGCGCCACGGCCUCCGCUUCUGCUGCGCCUCCUCCACCUCUUCCUCACCUCCGCCGCCGGCACCGCCCGAGGAGCCCGACGACUACGAGCUAUUGGACACGACUGGGAAUUGUGACCCUCUAUGCUCGGUUGAUGAAGUUAGCUCACAGUACUUUGAAGCUAACUACAAACCAAAAAAUGAUCUUCUAAAAGCUUUAACUAUCAUUGGCGCAGCCUUGGCUGGGGCAGCCGCAAUAAACCAUUCCUGGGUUGCUGCUAAUCAGGACAUUGCAAUGGUGUUGGUCUUUUCUAUUGGCUAUGCAGGUAUCAUUUUUGAGGAAUCACUAGCAUUUAACAAAAGUGGAGUUGCGUUAUUGAUGGCUGUCUGCCUAUGGGUUAUCAGAAGCAUUGGGGCUCCCUCGACUGAUGUAGCUGUUCAAGAGUUGAGUCAAACAACUUCUGAAGUUAGUGAAAUUGUGUUUUUCUUGCUUGGUGCAAUGACUAUUGUGGAGAUUGUUGAUGCACAUCAAGGUUUUAAGCUAGUGACUGAUAAUAUAUCUACUCGAAACCCAAAAACUCUUCUGUGGGUGAUUGGUAUUGUAACUUUCUUCGUGAGUUCGAUCCUCGACAACCUGACUUCCACUAUUGUGAUGGUGUCUUUGCUUCGGAAACUAGUACCUCCAUCAGAAUACAGAAAAUUGUUAGGUGCUGUUGUUGUAAUAGCAGCAAAUGCUGGCGGUGCAUGGACACCAAUUGGUGAUGUGACAACCACUAUGUUGUGGAUUCAUGGUCAGAUUACAACAUUGAAAAUAAUGCAGGGCUUGUUUAUUCCCUCAGCUGUUUCGUUGGCAGUCCCACUGGCUCUGAUGUCCCUCACCAGUGAAGCAAAUGGGUCGUCUCAGAAAUCUUCCGACUUGCUGUCAUCAGAGCAGAUGGCUCCUCGGGGACAACUUGUAUUAGGUGUUGGAGUUGGAGCAUUAGUGUUUGUUCCCAUCUUUAAAGCUCUCACUGGCCUGCCACCUUUCAUGGGUAUGCUACUUGGUCUUGGGAUUCUCUGGAUCCUGACAGAUGCAAUACAUUAUGGAGACUCUGAAAGGCAGCGGCUGAAAGUUCCACAAGCACUAUCACGGAUUGAUACACAGGGAAUUUUAUUCUUCUUAGGUAUUCUUUUAUCAAUUGGCAGCUUGGAAUCUGCAGGGAUUUUGAGGCAGUUAGCAAAUUAUCUUGAUGCCAAUAUUCCAAAUGCUGAUCUUAUUGCUAGUGCAAUUGGUGUGGCAUCAGCAAUUAUAGACAAUGUUCCACUUGUUGCUGCAACCAUGGGGAUGUAUGACCUGACUUCAUUCCCUCAAGACUCGGACUUCUGGCAGCUUGUUGCAUUCUGUGCGGGUACUGGUGGUUCAAUGCUUAUCAUUGGCUCCGCAGCAGGCGUUGCUUUUAUGGGAAUGGAGAAGGUGGAUUUCUUUUGGUAUUUUCGCAAGGUGAGCGGUUUUGCCCUUGCAGGUUAUGCAGCUGGUAUAAUCUCUUACCUAGCUGCUCAAAAUCUCCAUCUAUCCCUUCCCAGUUCGCUGGCUGAGAUCCCUUUUAUUUCGGGAUCAUAA